UUUGUUUUGAUUUGCGUGUGCUGCUACUGCUAAGUAGUGCUUGUGAACGAAGACGUUGACUCUCCUCUAAUAUUUGUUGGUAUAAUGAAGAAUCAGAAAUCGGAUCUCACUUGGAAUGCCGUGAGUAUUGGAGAGGACUUACAGACAUUGGGAUUAGCCGGAUUUGAGGAGCUUACGGAGUAUGAUGGUAACAUAAUUCAAACAGCAUCGGAUGCAAGCAAUGACAGAAGCCUAAAGAAAAAGAAGAGGAGGAGGAAGAAGAAGAAACCAGUUCAGACAGACAACAGUGACAAUAUUGCUAAAACAAGCAAGAGGAAAGACAGAGAUGGCAAUCUAAGUCAGCUACCAUCUUCAAAAAAAAUUAAGUAUGAAACAACACAACAAUCAUGUUCUGAUGCUGGCAGUAGUGAAAAGAUAGCGAUUAAAGAUGGAGGAGAUAUUUAUGAAGGUAUAAUGGGGGGAAUGGAAGCAUGGCAUGGAUUAAAUGUACCCACUCAAAUAAUACAAGCUUUAUCUGAACUGAAAUUUACAAAACCAACUACAAUACAGUCCAUGGCAUUACCACCAGCAAUCCUAGGGAAACGAGACAUACUGGGUGCUGCUGAAACAGGAAGCGGAAAAACUCUUGCAUUUGGAAUUCCGAUAAUAAGUGGCAUUUUGGAGUGUAAGAGAAGGGAUUCAGAGGCUCAAGAAAGUAAUGGUGACUUCAGUAAAUGUGACUCAAUAAGCCAAGAGAAAUCUGGAGGAAAACUUUAUGCUCUUGUAUUGACACCGACCAGGGAAUUAGCCAUACAAGUACGAAAUCAUUUGGCUGCGGUUGCAAAAUAUACUGGCAUAAAGGUUUCAGUUGUGGUGGGAGGCCUCUCUACAGAAAAGCAGGAGAGACUGCUUCGAAAGUGUCCAGACAUUGUUGUAGCAACUCCUGGAAGGCUUUGGGAGCUCAUUCAAGAAGGGAAUCUUCACCUGUCUCAAGUUGAUGAUAUAAGGUAUCUUGCAAUCGAUGAAACAGAUCGAAUGCUUGAGAGGGGCCAUUACGAAGAACUGCAGAAACUUUUGGAACGUAUUAAUCUUGAUGAGGGUAGGAAAAGUAGUCGGCAGAACUUCGUUUUUUCUGCAACACUUACACUUGUGCAUGAACCUCCAAGACAUUUAAAGGGUCAGGCAAGGAAACGUCUGACACCUGGCCAAAAAUUGCAGGGCAUCAUCUCAUUAUUGGGAAUAACAAAUCCAAAGGUUGUCGAUAUCACCCAAGAAAAAGGUACAGCAGGAACAUUGCUCGAGUCACGCAUUUGCUGUACCCUGGAGGAGAAAGAUGACUACCUGUAUUACUUAUUACAGCGACAUCCUGGUCGCACUCUGGUGUUUUGCAACAGUAUCAGCUGUGUCCGGCGCCUCACACAGUUGCUGCAGCUGCUACAAUGUAACCCCCUUCCUCUCCAUGCCAAUAUGGUACAACGUCAGCGGCUCAAAAACCUGGAUCGCUUUCGCAAUGAUCCAAAUAGUGUCUUGUUGGCUACUGAUGUUGCAGCUCGCGGACUUGACAUUCCUGGUGUGGAACAUGUCAUACAUUAUCAAGUGCCUCGCACAUCUGAGGGCUACAUACACCGUAGUGGCAGAACAGCUCGUGUGGAAAAAGAAGGCCUAACAAUUCUUCUGAUUGAUCCAAGUGAAGUCUCUUAUUAUGCACGACUAUGUAGAACGCUUGGGCGAGACAAGGAUCUGCCUUUAUUUCCUGUAGAUGACUCAUUAUUCAAAGGAGUGAAGGAACGUGUUCAUCUUGCAAGAGAAUUGGAUAAGCUAGAAUUGACUUGCCGGCGUCACCAUGCAAAAAAUAACUGGUUUCAGAAGGCAAUAAAAGAUAUGGAUUUGGUUUUGGAUGAAAAUGAAAUGCCAUCUGGACUGAGCAGAGAGACAGCAGUAGAAAUAAAGAGAGUAGCAUCACUUAAAAGAAAACAGUUAAACACACUUCUGUCAAAACCAAUUUUCCCAAGAGGAUUCUCAGGCAAGUAUCCAACAAAGACUGGGCAGUUACAGGUACCAUUUGUCAAGGCAACAGUCCCAGAGGUUGCUGCAGUGAAAGUUUUCCAGGAAGUGCAGAAGAGCAAAAAACACAUAACUGUUAGAAAACCUGGAAUGUUUGUGCUGUUGAAGAACAAUAAGGGAAGAAAUUAUUCAAAGAAAAAAUAAUUGUGAAGGAUAGUACUGUAAAUACAUAUGGUUUAAAAAAUGUAUAUAAAUUUGUAUUUUAAGAAAGAGAGAGAAAGUAAAUCAUAACCAAGAAUAAUGGUGGUGUUUCUAGAUUUAUGUUGAAUAUUACUUGACUAUAACUGUUUUGCAUCCCAAAAUACAACAGCCAACAGCUACUAGGAAACAAAAAUAAUGUAUAAAUUUGAUCUGACAGACAGCUACACUAUUUUUCCAAAGGCAAGUACAGAAGUCAGUUUUUAACUCAGGUUGAAUGUGCACAAGAUUGCGGGGAUUUGCAGAGGCAUAAAUUUCAUUCAAAUUUGAAACUGCCAGACUUAUUCUAGGUAACUGUCCCUGUGAAUAUCCAUCACGGUGGUUUGUAAAAUGAACAGUGGAACAAGGAGGAGCAGAAAAGAUACACCACAACAACAAACUUAUUCUUAAAUUUUUACUCUGGAUUUUGACUGCAAUUACCUCAGAUAAAUACACACUUUACAUAGUAAUUUACAUUAAAUGUCAGAUAUGUUCUUGUAAAAGGAUAGAUUGGGGCACAACGAAAAGACUGUUACACAUUUAACUUUCAGCUAAAGCCUUCUUAAGAAACCACGUACACCCAAAAUCAUGUGCGACUGCUCUUUCUAGUCUGAAUGCAGCUGUGUCAAAUGAAAGCAGCAAUCCGGAGAGGGAGUGGAUGCUGCCUGGUGGAGUGUGUAGGGACUAGAUAAUGGCAAGACAAGGUUGCCAGGAGGAGGAGGAGGAGGAGGAG